AUGAGCGACGCCGUGGUCAAUGAGCAGCCCGAGGUGGCCACCACGGCCCCUGCAGUGCAGCCCGUUGAGGAGGUGGCCCCUACGGAGACUGCUGAGUCUACUGUAGACAGCGAGGAAAAGCCCGAAGUCGAGAUUACAGUCGAGAACGGUGAAAAAAAGAACGGAAACAUUCUCAAGACCACCCGCCAAAUCAACCACAGCGACUUCAAGAAGAACCGCAAGUACGACCCGACCUCCCAGCCAGUGUCUGACGACCCCGCCAAGAUUCGCGCUCAGGCCGAGUUUUACUUCAGCGACAGCAACCUGCCGACCGACAAGUUCAUGUGGGAGAGCACCGGUGGUGAAGAGAACAAACCCAUGCCGCUCAAGACCAUUGCCAGCUUCAAGCGGAUGCGCCAGUUCCAGCCCCACAGCGCCGUCGUAGCCGCCCUGCGCGAUAGCACUUUCCUCGACGUCGAGGGCGAAGAGGGCGAGGAGACGCUCAAGCGCAAGACCCCCUACGUCUCAUCCAGUGAUGCCCAGCGUGCCCGUUUGGCUGCUUCUGUCUAUGCCAAAGGCUUCGGCGACGAGGAACGGUCGACCCAGUUUGACAUUGAAGCUUUUUUCUCCAACUACGGCACUGUCAAGCACGUCAAGCUGCGUCGCACCGGUGAGGAGCUCUUCAAGGGCUCCGUCUUUGUCGAGUUCGAGACUGCUGAGGAGGCCGACGCCUUCGUCGCUCAGGACCCCAAGCCGACCUGGAAGGACCACGAGCUGCUCAUCAUGAAGAAGAAGGAGUACCUGGAUGAGAAGAACAGGCAGAUCAAAGAGGGGCUUCUUGAGCCUAAUAGCAAUAGGCGUAACACCUUCUUCGAAGGCAAGGAGCGCGGCUCUGACCGCGGCGGCCGUGGCCGGGGAGGCCGGGGUGGUCGUGGUCGCGAUGACAAGGGUCGGGACGGCAAGUUUGACGGGCGCGAUCAGAGGAACGGAUUCAGGGGCGGCCGCGGCGGUCGUGGUAGGGGUGGUCGUGGUGGCCGGGGUUUCCGCGGUGGGCGUGGCGGUGGGCGGGACCGCGACAGCAACGGCCGGGAUGCGAAGGAGGAUGCCCGCAAGAACACCAACGACGUUCAAGUGCCCACCAUCCAAUCCACUGCCAAUGGCAAGCGUUCCCGCGACGACGAGGGCGGCGACGCGCCCCCGGCUAAGAAGGUCGACAGCAAGCCAGAGGCCGUCGCGGCGCAAUAG